GGGGCACCGAUUUAUGAUUUAUGGAGGAAAUGGCAAUAAAUUUGUUGUGCAGACCACACACACACAAAUGAACAGAAAUAAUUUGAUUAUAAUGAUAAGAAAUAAUCAUAAGAAUAAUAAUCACAGUUAAAUAAUUAUGUUUAGACCCUAAAUAUCUCCUUGGAAAUGUAAUUAUUAGAGCAAAAAAAAAAUUUGCAAAGAAUUUUGAGCAAAUUGGACAUAGUUUAGCAAAGUAAGAACCAUUUACAAGGUGAUGCAAAAAUAUUAUUUGUACUUAGAAAAGUGUUUUCAGGGGUGGGCCUUAAUCAUGUGCAUUAAAUGUCACGCAGACCAAACACUGUAUGGAGUUUAAUUGAGUUUUUUGGCCAAGGACACUAUGAAAGUAAAUCUGUGCCAUCUGAUUUUGAAUUUGAAUUUCUAAAGCUGAAUUUUUUUUGCAUCAAAAUCGGACUUUAAAUUUCAAAACCAUCGAAUUUCAAGCAUGUAUUUUUAUUUCUUACAUAACAUAAAAAAUAAUUCAGUGUCAAAAAACUUAGUGUAAAACAGACUGACUCAACAGACUGACAUUGAUAUUUUUUUAUGUUGAACUUCUUUUACACAUUUUUUAAGUUGAAUUUUUACUAAACAAAUCUUUUGAGAGUGAUUCUUCUUUUACACUGAAUUUAUUUCAUCAUUGUGAAAAAAAUAAUUGUAAGAAAUAAAAAUGCAUGCUUGAAAUUUAAUAGUUUUGAAAUUCAAAGUCUGAUUUUGAUGCAAGAAAAAUUCAGCUUUAGAAAUUCAAAAAUCAAAAUCAGAUGGCACAGAUUUACUUCCAUAGAGCACACCCUUACAUAAGAAGUCUCAUUUUGCAUAAUUGCCUCAUCAUCAAUAUGUAAAAGCUGUCCUGGGUACAUGGGAGGUUAAUUAUUUAACAUAAAAGGAGAUAUAGAUCACAAAGUAAUACGUAAGACGUACUUUUAGCAGCAGUGGCAGUCUGUUGAAUCUGCACAUGAUUGAAAAAAAAACACUUGUGUGAGUGGACCAGUCGCGGAGGAUGCCAGCUCGUGUCUCGCUUCGUGAUUCACUAAAGUAACGGAGAAUCUAUUGGCACGUACGUCAAGAUAACGAGAGUACAGAAAAGUAUAUCCGGUUGAUACUUCAAAAUAAAAGUCGAAAUUAAACGUAAACUUAAGUUUUUUUUGUACCUUUUAGUCAAGUUGUUUGAUUACUUGAGGGUCAGUUCAUGUUUAAAGGCCACAUUUUUGUUUUACAAGUCACAAAAACGAUUAGAUGUAGUAUAAACUUUGACUUAAAAUUUGAUUUCCGGUGUUUUUCCGCGCACUACAGUUGGCUUUACGGUUGUUGCAGUCAGGGUCGAUUCGAAAGAGGGCGAGGGGUCCGUAAGUGUCACCUGUACAGUGUAUGUUUAUUUAUUUUUUUAGUAUAACAAUAUUUCAUAAAUACUAAAACCCUAUAUUUAAAGCGUUUAAAGUGUCCAUAUGACGGUUUGCUGCCUUCCUCUGAUGUUUGACUGGCAUGCAUGUGUCACCCAGAAGCUAGCUUAUGUUAGCAUGGCUAGCCUAGAGGAGAAAGUGUGUUUGCGGUCAUUUUGACAACUCGUAAAACAUAGUCGGAAUAACACUGACUAUUUAUAGCAUUUAACCGGCUGAAUUAGUUUUGAGUAAACAAGAUGUUUGAUCUGUCAUAUGAUGACAUUUAGUGGAAAAAAAAAUCAAGGUUAUCAAACCAGACAGUCGCAUUUUUAAUGUUUUUUUGUGUCGUGACGAGACCCGACACCAAACCUCGUUGGAAAAUCGCAACCUUUAAGACAGAUUUGCUCAUUUCCGGCGAGAGCAUCUUUCCUUGAAAACAACUGUAUAAAUUUUGGAUAUAUGUGAAAUAAUUAUUUCAUUCGGGGUUGUUUCGGCUGGGAUAUAACCGCUAUCCUUUCAGUAUUACACUUAAAACAUCUCAGCAGUAUCAGGGGACGAUGCUGAAGUUAGCAUUUUAUUUGCAGCCCCUGGUUUAGUUGUCACAGGAAAAAUUAAAGAAGCAAGGUGCUGAUCCAAAAGCAGUAUUUUCCAGACUUUUCAGAUCCGGACCAGAGUCUACAGACUUCUUCAAGCAUACUUUUAGAUAUAUAAAUCCCUUGUCCUAUUUGCAAAAAAAUACAGGAGGGGGUCAUUUCUUUGCCUUUUUUCUGUCUUGACCACAUCGGACCAGGCCCUUAUCCAGAACCACAAUACCUAUGCCUUUCAGAUAUGACCUAAAUAAGUAGAGAGGCCACUACUCCCUUUAAACCUCAGGUUCAGAUUUGUAAGUCUUUAAUUUUGUUGUCCAGGCAGAAAAGGUAGUGAAAUUGCCCUCCCCCACCCUUUUUUCUCACAUAUUUACAAAUUAAAAAAAGGUUUCACAAAUCUUAAAAUGUGUUGUAAGAACUCUGGAAGCUCAUUUAGACAUAAUCUAGUCCAGAUCUUACAAAUCUUGUUUCUGUAACCUCUUAAAGCUGAAGCACAAACUACUUAGUAGAUGCUGACUCCAGAUUGUUUAGAUUGGCAGGUCUGUCUACUACAGUAAAAACAAACCAAACCACAGUCUAUUUGAGCCAAAUUUCAGGAAGUGAUAAAUAUAAUGUGUUAAUGAAGGUCUGCUUUGCAAAAUGUCAUUUUGCAUGUUGUUACCACAGUGAAGUUCUGUUAAUGCAAGUAAGUCUGUCAUGAUUAGGGCCCGACUGAUUUGUCUGCGAGUCGAUUAAAUUGGCAAAUUUUAGCCCAUUUGAGACUAAUCGGUAAUCCGCCAAAACUCGCCGAUUUUUGCUGAUAUUUUCAGAUGCGGAGAAUAAGAUUCGGUUUCACUUCGAAAAUGUUCCGCCAUUUGAAAAGUUCCCCGACUUAUCCAGUAGAUGGCGCAGCGACCUGAUGACAAUCUUUAUCCACUAACUACCUCACAGCACCAGCAAAGGGUGGUCAGCCUCAACGGUAAAUAAACCAGUUUGUGAAAUACACAAUAAGUCAACAAGUUUCAGUUCAACCCACUUCACGAUGUUCCCCGCUGUGCUGGUCUCGGUCACGCCGAGUUAACGGUGAAGCACCAUGUAAUAUGCAAGCUAAAGUUAGAGUUAGCCACCUGCUAUUGGCCUUGCUAUACUGUUAGCCGUGCCAGUAACGGUAGACUAAACAACAGUACACAUUACGUGAUCGAGCUACUUCUCUUACUGAGGCAGCUGCAUGUCUUCAGAUGAGACCUGACCGGAAACAUGUAACGUGAGUUAAGACGCAGAGGCACCGAUCGGCGGCGGCGGAGGGAGGGGUAGUUGAAAACGCUUUUCUGGUCUGAGUUUGAUCAGUCGGUCUUUCUGUCUGCGUGAAGAGCAGUAGCCUACAGUAUAUCUACAGUAUAGAUAUCUGCAGUAUAUAUAUAUAUAUAUAUAUAUAUAUAUAUAUAUAUAUAACAACAUCCUAAAAAUUUGUUUAAAAUCCCCCCCCCCCCCCCCCCAAUAAUCGGUAUUAGCAUCGGCCCCCAAAUAUUCAUAUCGGUCGGGCCCUAGUCAUGAUUUCUAAUGCUAUGCUUUCCUCAAAUUGACAUCAAAAUGCAAUGUGACUGAGUUGCUUCCAUGUAGUGACUUGAAUUGCUGAACUUUCCUUCCCCUCUACCUGUCUGCCAGUAGUUUUGAAGUUGGAUGUAAUCAAAAAAUAAACAGAGCGGGAUCGGAGAGGAUUUGUGUCUUUUUGUCACGAUUCUUCCGGGAUGGAUGUGGGAGUGUCCAGGUCCCAUGUGUUUCUCAACUACAGCCCCAGAGCCCUCUUCUCCCAGUGAGACACGCAUCUGCAUGGUGGUGCCGUGUGCUCCUCGGGGUCCUGCCUGGUCCCAAUACUCUUCACUGUUGGCCGUGUGCUCCUCGGGGUCCUGCCUGGUCCCAAUACUCUUCACUGUUGGCUUACCUCCAGGGCACUCAUUCUGUUUGUGUGUGUAUGUGAGCUGUUGUUUCGACAGUGUGACCUUAAAAGUCUCAGAAAGAAUUGGAUGCGAGUGUUCAGUCAUUAAUGGAAGUCUGGAGGUCGCCCAACUACAGUAAAUGGUAUUCAGUGUGUGCAACAGCAGCUUUCAGUGCAUACCGUGCUGCAGUCAGAGUCAGGGCUGCUGCAGUUUGGCUUGGUGCAUUUCGAGGCGCAGUGCUGUGUGUGUGUUUACAACACUAAAUGUUCUAUCAUUUAGAGGGCUAUUGCUUGUGCACGUUUUUGCAGGCUCAUGAUUGUGGCAAGCGAUGUAGUCUGAAUAAUGGAUGGCUACAUGUGAGAAUCUUGCUGGUGUUUCUCAGAAUAGGGCGUCGGGGGGCCAGGGAAUGCAAUGAAGAUAUUUUUAAACCAGGUGUUAAAGGACUAUUGCACAUUGAGACAAUGAGAACAAGCAUCGUCCUAUCGUCAUUUGUGAGAUCUAAUAUGUUGAAAAGCCAUUUCAUCUGAAAAGCCUACUGUGUAAGUGGUCUGCGGUUGUGAAUUCAGGCUGGCUCAUGCUUUCAGUUUUGUGCUGCAUGAUUGUUCAGUUGCCCAACAACAAGAUCAAAAAACACAGGAAUGCAUUUCAUCAGCUCGAUAUCUCCUAAUUUGAGUGACGUUUCUAUCCAAACAAUAACAAAUACCUGAUUUAUUAUUUAAAUUUUGAACUUGGUGCACUUUUAAACAUAUUUUAGAUUAUAAACAAGCAUCUAUGGAGCCCCUGAAGCCCCAAAAGCAACAUUUAUAUUUACAUAUAGUAGAUUUAUCUUGUGUAUUAUUAGGCCUGUCACGAUAACAAAUUUUGCUGGACGAUAAUUGUGCUACAAAUUAUUGCCGGUUAACGAUAUUAUUGACACCGUUUUUUAAAUUAUAGAUAAUGAUAUUAAAUGGCAAAAUAAUAGGAAUACACCGUGUCAAAAGUGAUAAACUUUAAUUUCAUCCACGACGAAGACGUAACGUUGACGAGCUAAACAUAAGUCGGAGAUGACUAAAAUGUGACGAGACGAAAGUGCGUUUACGUUGAUGGGACGAGACGAAAAUGACGAACAGAGUUGCAAAACUCAGUCAGUUAAACGCUAAACAUAUAGUAGCAGCUUCAGUCCGCUCUGACAGCUCUCAUCAGCCUGCUGUGCUCCUCAAACACACAGACACACACACGCGCGCGCGCACACACGUGGAGUUUUGUGGUUGACGAAAACAAAACUGGUCUAAAGCAGAAAUAUUCCCACACUUGGGCUGUUGCGUUCGGUUUAGGCACCAAAGCUGUCGUGUUCAUUCUGUUUGCUUGCUUUUCACUCACGACGCUCACUUGCAGCACUGUAUCCAAAAGUCUGUGUCUGUGUGACUGUGCGCGCCUACGUGUACCUGUGCGCGCGCUCCCUCGUAACAAAGACACUGAAUGACUGACAGGAGGGUUCACUAACUCCGUUCAUUCCGCUAUAGAGCCAACGCCCCCAGGUGCCGAGAAAAAUGCGCAGAGUGAGACCUCUUCUCUCAUCCAGCGUGUUUGGUAGCGAGAGAGGAGGAAAACAAACGCACGUAAAUUAUCGAGGCUGGCAAAAUGACCGACCUCGUUUUUAUUUACCGAACGAUAAGGCGAUUUAUUGAUUAUCGCGACAGGCCCAUGUAUUAUCUUUCCAGCACAAAUUGUUAUUUUCUUGGAACGACUGAAUAUCCUGUGCCCCAAGUUAUAUUUUAUGUGGGAAAGCUGUCUUGUGCUCAGAACAUAAUUAAUUUGUGAGCACAUUAUGCUUACCUAAAGAGGACAGGUUGUUAUCUCGUAAAAGUAUCUUUCUUUGAGUAUCUUUGGCGCCCACAAUACUUUUCUUUCGGGUGCAAAUCACUAUCUCGUUUACCCCAAAACCUUGUGUGCACACUAUGUUUACCUAGUGGGUAAAAGCUAUUACCUUGAGGGCAUAGUAUACUUAUCUUGUGGGUAAAAAAUAACCACCUUGGGUCCAAAACUCUUCUGGUGUGAACAAGUUAUCUUGUGUGUACAACAUGAUUGUUUUGUGCACAUAUUAUACUUAUUUAAAGGGCACAAGCCAGUCUUGUGUGCACAAAGUAAUCUAUCAUAAUGAAAGGUUAUGACUUUUUUCAACAAAUAAUCCAUUUUGUGCACACAACAUAUUAAUAUGUUUCUUCAAGAUAACUUACUUGUUCCCACAAGAAAAAAAAAAAAAGCUUGCAAAAUAAUAACAGAUAGCAUCAGUGCACACAAUAUAACUCUUUACCAGAAGCCAAUUGUAUUGUGUGCACAAGUUAAUCUCUUGUGUUCACAAAUUCAGUUCUUGUGCUCACAGAAUUAAAUAUUUUACCUGGGGACUUCAGAGGCUUCAUAUGAGAAAGUAAUGUGCUCAGAAAUGGUUGAACUGUUACAGGUGAUUGCUUCAGCCAGCAGCUGGGAGAGGGACAGUAACGGCUGAAUGAAUUUAAGUUCAAUAAAACUAGAAAAGUAGAAAACUGUCUUAACCUUAAAGAAAAAAAUUCUUGUGGCAUAACAAUUGAAGAUCUGUCACUUUUCAAAAUCAUUUCUGUGAGAUUUUCAGGUGUAUUUUGAUCCGUUGCAUUUACCUGCAGGGUUCAUGUUUCAGCCAGUACAGCACACAUCCUGACUGCUGGUUUAAGAAAUCAGCUGGAGCAAUUCAGAAUCUUUUUCAUCUCAUGCUCACUCGGACCCAAAAUCUGUAGAAGUAAAGCCCAGGUGUGAAGCACCAGAGUAACCAAAGUUAGUUUCUUGACAUUUGAAGACAUUUGUUGUUGCUUGUGGAAGGAGACAUGUUUCAUGUUUGUGUGUAGGUGGAGCCUCCCGCUGGGUGCACAGCGUGUCAUGGACGCAGUACGGGACGGACAGUUGAGCAGCCUGAGCUCAGGUAAGAUGGUGGCUCUGGCUGCAGGGCUGUCUGUCGGGGCCACAGUGGGCUACAUCGUCUAUCGCCACAUAAGCAGCACCAGCUACAGUGAGUACCUGCGGGAGAAGAGUUACUGAGCAAAAUGUGCAUUUAUUUAUUCACAAAAGAGUGUGUGACUGAGCGUUGUUUGAUUUUUCAUGUCCAGGUGACGGGCCUGACAUAGAGGUAUCCAGGAUGACCCUUCCUGUGGACGUUUACAGGAACAUUACCAGAUACCAAGCCAAGUUCUUAGACAUGGUGAGUAUAUAUGAUGGGCUGAUAUCUGUCGUCAUACAGAUACUAAGCAAAUAUAUUUCUCAGAAGAUGAUAAUAUAACAUUCUAAUGAUUUCUCAACAUUAUGCAUGGACAUUUACAUUAAAAAAAUACUUCAUUUCAAGUAUUUUUUGUGAUUUUUUUUUUGUUGAAUUUGACUCGGAGUUGCUACAAACAGUGCAUUAUUAUCAACAUACUGUAAAAAUGAGUCUUAUUUCUCAGUAUCAAAACUCAUCCCUUCAGUCUGUUUGAUUUAUUCUACAAACUGACUAAAAGGAAAGGAUAUUUAGAUUAGUUUCAUGCAGAAUGAGGAUAGAACAGAAUCCUCAAAUAUGAGUUUUAUUUUUCUGUUAAAAUGAUGGUCAUACAAAUAUGCUUUUCAGUCUGUGAAAAACAAAACCCUUUGUCCCUGAAAAAAAUCACUUUUUUAUUUUUAGUUCUAUUCUUUUUUCUCUCCGCUCUCCUUUUAGUGUCACACUCCACUCUAAUUAUUAACACCUCAGAGAUUCUAAGUUGUCCCCACAGUUUCAUACUGAAUUUAAUGAAGGUCUGGGAAAAUCCUGAAGUUAGGAUUUAGCAUCCAUGUUUUUGCAGUAUUAUUUACAUGUUUAACUCUACUUUAAAUUCUGCAUGCUCACUCUCUCUCUCUCUCUUUCUCUGCAGGUGAAUCAGAAGUCUGGAGCUCAUGUGCGGGUUCUGCCAGACUCUGGAGAGCAGACAUCUGUGUCAUUUGCGCUGCAGGGCUCUAAGGACCAGAUCUUGCUGGCUCGCUGCGUCUUGGAGAACCUGGUUACUGAAUGUGAGCCUGUCACUGAAGCUUUAGAGGUUCCUCAGACUGCUUUUGGACGUAUAAUCGGUGAGUGAAAUAAUGGGGAAAGUCCGAGAACUAGUUUGGAUCUCUCAAAACCUAGUUGCUGGCAACUUUUCAGCACUGAUGUAUAAGUUGCUCAUUGCAUACUUAAAAUAUGUCAAAUCUAUGGUAUUUAUUCUAUACUUAAGUAUUAAUGUAUUUUCAUGCAAUUUGCAUUUCCCGUCAUGUGAUGAAUGAUGAAUUAAAUUAUAGUACAUCAUAAAUUCUCCAAUUAUGUCAGUUCUCGGAGCUCAGUGGGUAUGAUAAGCUCCACAAGGGGUCAUUUAUUUUAUUUACCAGGGUAUAAGUACCUUGUUGAUUCGUGUCUUUCAGGCCGUGGUGGAGAGAGUCUGAAGCAGAUCACCAGGACCACAGGGGUCAAAGUGUUUUGUCCCAAAGAGAAAGCACACGGUCCCGCGGCAAAGGGCAGCAUGAUGAUCACAGGGACCAGACAGGAGGUGGAACAGGCCAAAGUGAGCUGAAUCUACUCAUUUGGACUUACCAGAUGGACUCUCUGAUGUGCAAAAUGAAAAUAACUUAGUCUGUGUGACGUGUUUGCAGGAGAUGAUUCUAGAUAAAGUCAGGGAGGACACGAUGGUGAGGAUGAAGAUCUCAGAGUCUUCUCAGCAGCGGAAGAAACGUGGUCCCACUGCUGUGAUACAGAAACCAGAGGGUGGAGACACUGAAGCUCCUGUGUGCUUGAACAACAACGGUCCUUUUGCACAAACGGAGAAAAACGGCCUCAUUCACACCAACGGGACCGCUGGAGAAGCAGGAGAUGUUUUUGAAAAGCUGGAGGAGCUGCAGAUCUCCAACAGAGCCACUGAGCAGGAGGAGAGCUCGUCCUCUGAAUCCAUCUCUGAGAUUUCAAAGUUUGAAAGUAAGAAUCAAAAACACUCUCUGACUCCCCUCACUGAAAUCCAAGUCCUGCUGUCUAUGUGUGACAAACGCUGUUUUCUAGUUCCUAGCCCAGACCUGAGCUUCCAGCCUGAUGAACACCUAGAGGUUUAUGUUUCUGCUUACGAGAACCCAAACCACUUCUGGAUCCAGAUUCUCGGCGUUCGCUCCCUGCAGCUGGAUAAACUGACGGAGGAGAUGAACCGCUUUUACAGCAGCUGCAACCUCGCGGUAAGGACAAAUCAUUUAGUCAGUUUUAUCCGUCAUGCUGACAAAUUACAAGAUCUCAAGCAGAAACUAAAAAAGCUUCUGAGGAACCAGAAAAAGGAAUUUAUGUACUAUGGAGGUGUUGUACUUCACCAUGAUCACCUAUCCUGGGCAUAACCUGCUAAGAUAAUGGAGCAGGUUACGUUCAGGAUAAGAGACGAUCUUCUGAAACAGCUGCUCAGUGAGCUGACUGUGACGGGAAGAGAGAGCGACAAACACAUCUUUGCUCUAAAUCUUACAAUCUUAAAAUACUGCUGAAAGAAGUUGAUUGUGCUUUCUUGCUAUCAUUCAUCAAGAAGAACUAAAUUAGGACAAAUUUCAAGCAGGUGGUCUGGGUUUAUUCCAGUUUGAAACCCCUUUAAGGUACACCACUUCUCCUGUUUCCUGCUCUACUGUGUCCUCUCUGAAUGAUGGAAGAAAAGCCUGAAAAAACUGCUAUCACUUUGAGUAAAGCUUUUAUAAAAGUUCUAAUAGUAAUAAUAAAGGAUUUCAUAUGGAGUGGACAGUGUGUGGGGUUAGAGUAGACGUCUUCAUUGUACCCAGUGACCCUCUUGGGUGUAACUCUUCCUGAUGUGAUGGUUUCCAGGAGCAGAGGGUGGAGACUGUCGUGGUCGGGGACAUCGUGGCGGCCCAGUACAGAGACCACGGCACAUGGAACCGGGCGAAGGUGCUGGGAGUCCUCAGCUCAGGACUGGUGGACCUUUACUAUGUGGACUUUGGAGACAACGGGGAGCUGCCCAGAGAAAGCCUCUUGAGGAUGAGGUUAGAAAACAGACUUGAUGUAUGACAGAGAAACAUAUUGUUGUUGAGAUCUGCUCUUGUUUGGCUCUCCAACACAGAAUAAACUCUGAUGGCCUCAUUUCAGAUUCCUAUUCUGGGUUAUUUAAUCUCUGUUUAUGUAUGUGGUUCCUAAUUUUGCUUUGAGUCGUGUCCCAGUUCCUGUUUUUAUUACGUUUAUGUUUGUUGCAGGGCUGUGUGUGUUUGUUUGGCUUAAUAAUUAUUGUUAGAACUGGAGUUUCGAGCUGGUUAAACAAAUUAUUGAUAUUUUUUUAUCAAUAAAGGCCUGAAAUGCUGCUUAAUACGGGGUUGCAGUCUUAUUUAAAGUGACAGAAAUGAACCAGUCUUAGAGGAGAGCUAGUAGGGCUGUUUGACAGACUCCGCUCAGGGCCUGAACGUCUGAUUAAAGGGAUGUUCCAGUGUAAAAUUAAUUUAGGGUCAAACACACUGUAACACCAAGUUAGACACCCCCUUGCCUCUUGUCAGAGCCUUGAAGAGUCGAUCACCGAGUGCAGCGGAUCAUUUCCUUGAAGUAAUAAUCAUCAUAAUAAUCAUUUUGCACUGUAGACACGGUAGUUCUUCUGCCUUAGCAACUCAGUCUGAUUGAAUUUCCAUGAAGUAACAAUCAUAAAUGUUCUUCCUUGAGCUGCGAAACUCCACUGCACUCUGUGAUCGACUCGUCAGGGCUCCCCCACAAACAAGUGGCUGCUGGAGGAGAGUGGGUGAGUUGUGUUUAGUCUCUUUGCUAAAGAAUUCAGGCAAAGCUAAAAAGAUGUUUGGUGGUUAGUACUAUGGCUGGGACCCUAUAUGUACUGUUGAUGAAGUUAGGUGCUGUUCUGAGCAUUAUUUGUGGCUAUAGAGUGGUGUUUUGGCUAGACAGCUGUGUAUUGCUAUUGUGCGGUUGUUACUAUAGUUUGUAUAACUAGAGAAGCAAGCAGUCGGCAACAUUCAUCCCUCGAGGGGGUGUCUAACUCUGUGUUACGGUGUUUAAACCUAAAUUAAUUUUACGCCGGAAUAUCCCUUUAACUGGAUGUUACUACAGUGUUUUAAAUACUUUUACAAAUACUGCAAAGAUACAUCUGAAAAGUGCCAAAUUAACAGCUUCUGCUUUGCUGCAUUAACAUUUCAGGAGUGACUUCCUCAGCUUACCAUUCCAAGCCAUUGAGUGUAACUUAGCAGGAGUACAACCAAAAGGUAAACUGUCACCUUGAUAACACCCUCACAUGUAAAAAAAAAAAUUGUUAAGGGUGGGGAGUUCUGGAUUUUCAUUUGUUUGUUGUUCCGUUUUUCCUCAGGUGAUGUGUGGACUGACAAGGCUCUGGAUGACUUUGAGCAGCUGACGCACUGUGCCUGCUGGAGACCCCUGCAGGCCAAACUGUGCAGCUACUCCCACUCCGACAUCUCCUCCUGGCCUAGCGUCAAGCUCUACGACACCAGCGAGGGCAAGGUUUGCUCACUGUUUACCUCUUCUUUUUUAUUGUCAAGUUUCUUCUCCUGGCUGCUGUUUCCUUACUCACAGCUCUCUCAUCUGUUGUAGACUGUAGAUAUCGGGGAGGAGCUCACACGGCGGGGUCACGCUGUCAGCUUCCAGGAGGUGGUGAACGGGAAGACUGAGGGCGAGAACCUUGGCUGUCUGCAGAGGAUGCUGGUGAGUCAAUGAACACUGCAGACUGAAAAGACUUGAAGACUCAUGAAUGCCUGACCCACGAUUUUGUGAUUUUAGUUUUUUAUUCAGUGAGCAAUGCCUUUUUGUUUGUGUUUCACUUAUGAAAAUACAGAGAUGACAGUAAAGUUCAGUAAAAGCCUCUUUAAUAUCUAGAGUUGCAGUAAGUAGAGCACCAGCUGGUGACCUCGCUGCAGGAAUAAUGGAGGCCAGCUCUCUUUUUUUGUGUAACUGCUCAGUAGCUUUCCCGCUCCAUCUCCCGACUCAAAAUAACCUUGUCUAGCUCUAAAUAAAUUACAUUUACCCUUCAAGGACAGUAUAUUAUUACACUGGUGUAUUGAUAUGAUUUAACGUUUGAAGCUUUUGCAAACUACAGAGCAGUUUUUCAGACAAACAAACCCAGAGUGAUGCCACUGUGAUUGUACAAAGUGCUUCUCACUCUGACUCUUUAACUUCUAUUGUAUCUAUUUUUUUUAAUUAGAGAUGUUUCAAAUCAUCAAAAGGUCGUUUAGUUGUAAAAAAUACAGAAAAUUCAAAGGUUUAUGUUUUCAUCAGAUGGUGAUCACACUUUUCUUCAACACCUUACAACCAAAAGAGUUGAAUGUCAGUCACCGGAACUGCACAUGAUCAUUGUAGUUACAGUUAAAUCUCUGUGUUUUUUUGUUUUUUUAUAGGACGAUGUUAUCGGAGCAUCAUCAGAGCUCAGUCUCUCCUGUAUCAGUUUGUCAGGUGAGUGAAGGAACAAAAAGGGGCUCACUCAAUGCAGAUUUCUAUUGGGCUGGAGUUGAUAAAGUGAAGAUUGAUCACCUGAGUAGGAUUUGUAACCUGUGUCUCUCACAAUUUUUCCAUGUCAUACGGUAAGAUGUAGUAAUGUUGGGUUAGGGCAGUGGUUCUCAAGUCCGGUCCUUGAGGCCCACUGUCCUGCAUGUUUUGGAUGUUUCCCUGCUCCAACACACCUGAUUCAAAUGAUCAGCUCGUUAUCAAGCUCUGUAAUGGCUAACGAGCUGAUCAUUUGAAUCAGGUGUGUUGGAGCAGGGUAACAUCCAAAACAUGCAGGACAGUGGGCCUCGAGGACUGGACUUGGGAACCACUGGGUUAAAGGGUCAGACUGUAUUCUCAAUAGAAGUAUAACUAAAAGUUUUUACUGGAACUUUCAUAUUCAUAUGAGCGGAAACUGUAAGCCAAGAUACUUUACAUUCUGAUUCACAUUCAUACAUGUCUUAAAUUAGCUUCAUAAUCAUAUUCAAAUUCCUCAAAAGUAGCAGUUUUAAAUACAAUUGUUUUACAUACCUGAACUUGCAUUAUGAUGAAUGUAAAUGCCUGGAAUAACUUUGUAUUUUUUAGCCCAUUUUUGUUUUAGAGAUACAAAAUUACGUGAGGAAUAUUUGAAACUAAAAUUACAGUUACUGACAACUGGGCAACAGACAUCAGAAAUAAGUGUCAUUUCUUCAAAGAAAUAUUUAGUAAGUCCAUUUCAGAUGAGAAGAAUACCAUUGAAAAUGUUUAAAAUGUCAAUUUUUAACUGGGAAUAAUCAGUUAAUAGCUGAAUCACAGAGAUAAAUCAUCUAGAUCUCACUGAAGUAUUAUGUAUUUACAUCUUGUCAGUUUUCUGUAUCAAUGAGAUCAUAAUCCCUGAAUUAGGAAAAAAAGAUUUAAUUAAAAAAAUAGAAAUUUGCACCGUUUUUCUGACUAAACGAGAUGCUGAUAUCUCAAAAUCCUGCAGGAAGCUCAGUUGAAUCCUAUUUUAGUUUGUUUUGUCAGAGACUCAUUUCGGUAAAUCACAUGAUACUGUCAACACUUGGUAUUUCUUUGUCAGUUUUGCAUAAACACCUUAAGACCAGCAGUUUUUCAGAUGUAAAGUUGACCUGACCUGCUGGAUGUGGCAGUGUUUCUCCCAGGUCAGUUACCUGUUAUUGCAUGCCUCAUGGAUAUAAGAUGAUGCCACUGUAAUGUUUUCAGGCUGGUAAUCAAGUAGGGCUGGGCGAUAUGGCCUCAAAUGAAUAUCUCAAUAUAUUGAGCAGUUCAGCUUGAUAACGAUAAAUGGACGAUAACUACUCCUCUAGCUGCUCACCCCCUCCCACAUUACCUUUGUCUACUUCAACUCUACUACAACUUCUGAACCGUCCUCCAUCUCCUCACCUGUCUUUCCCUCUUUGUUACAGACUGGAUAGGGUGGAGUCACGUCUUUGGUGUAGGACAGCUUUUUAGAGGGACAUGAGACCAUAGCCAGCCUACACACAUCCAGAACCAACUUUUAUUUAUGUUUUGACACCAAAUAUAUUGACAUGGGCAAAAUGACGUCGGUUAUUGUCGUAAAUGUCAGUAUCGAUAAAUUCCCGUUUUAUCGCCCAGCCCUAUAAUCAAGCAUAUGCAGAAAAAACUGACACUGCACAUUGCAAGGUGACUGUGUCUGGGUUAUACUGACAGUAUAACAGUAUUAGUUGAGAAAAAAGGAUACCUCGGGAUUGGAGAUGUAAAUAACUUGCACUAUAAACAGUUUCAGUCCGAUGUAAACAGAAAAAGAAGAACAUGAAACUACAGGAAACCUAAAGAACGUAAUAAGGGCAUUAUAGGUCUGUUAUCUAGACAAACAGAAGUAGUUUUAUUUUAUUUAAAAACUUUUCUUGUAACUCUGAGACAGUUAUUAUAAAUCUCUUAAAAAAAUGUUCUCCUUGAUGUGGCCCUAAUACUCUGUCGUAUUCCUGAAGUAAAAGCAGUUCGCUCCUGUAAUAUCUUGUGUAGCUUUCAAAUGUCAAACAUGGAAAUCCAUCCGUACCUCAUAUUCACUGAGUCAUAGCUUUGCCCACUUCAGCCCAGCUAAAAUGAAUCACAGUGUUCAGUCAUCAGCAGGGCUAACCCACACAACCAACCGCACUUAUUGGGAUGCUUUUGUUCCAAACCCACAACUUUUUCUUCACUCCUCCGGUCUUCAUUCGUCAAGCUUAACAGUUGGAGGAAGCUCCCUCAUAGGAAGGGAGACACUUUCUCAGACCUCAGACUAAGAUUUGAGCUUGUUUUCUUUGUAAACAAACAGUUAUAGUGGAAAUCUUCUCCCUCAAGACAUGUAAACAAGGCUGGUUUGAAAUAACAAAAGUUCCCCUUUAGUUCACAUGCUUAGGGUGAUUAUUUCAAGAACUGAAAGCUUUAGUGGGCACGAGUUCCUCUUUCGCACACAUGGUCUGGGAUUAUUGUAACCCAAGUUUCCUUUUAUUCAUAACAAGUGGCACUGCAACACUAGAUCUUUGACGAUUAAACCUAAAUAGAUACAAUUCAAGUUGUUAGUUUAAUGACUGUUGUUUGAUGCUUAAUCUGAGUGUUUCUUCCUGUCUGUACCUCAGAGGCUGCCUCCAUCUCAGGAAGUGUGGAUGACGGCGCCGAGGAGGAGCUGCUCUGAGACCAAAGAUGCACAUUCAAUUAAAGGUUUAGUUUCCUGACUUCUUUGAAUGACUGUUUUUCGCUCUGAAGAAUGAACUGAUGAAUGUAACGUUGGUUCAAAUGUCCUCUUCCAGCACUGACCAUCCCACUCCUCAGCAUCAGUUCAUGAGAUGAAGGAGGCGUUUCCUAGUCGACCCAAACUCAACCACAUGAAUCCUCAUCGUGAAGCCUUACUUACUUGAAGCGCAGGCGGCAGUUCUUCCAGCCAUAUUCACUUUAUUGUUGUUACUUCAGUACAAAAUUUAACGUUACGUUUGGCCUUCAUGCUGUUCUGUUCUAGCCAAUGCUGCUUUGCUUACUCCUGUUGUUGAUUUGUGUUUUAUUUUGUGUUGAAGAAAUGAAGAGAGGAACAAAAAGAACCGAAAGCCAGUAUUAUUUUUUUGAAAUGCACUGUGAUAUCUAUCAGUGAGACCCGGAGGCAGCUGGUAAGCUAAAAAGGUCUAGUUUAUUUCUCUCAAUGUAUGUGUAUGCAGAUUAAAUAGCCUAAAUAUUAGGCUUCAUAGGUUAUUAUAUUUUAGAAGUUACUCCAUAAAGAAGUAUUGAUUGUUCAGUAUAAAAUAUGUAUAUCUUGGUCUAAGGAGAAAGAAAGUGUUAGUUUGUCUUCAGAGGUGUGAUAGACUGCACUAUAUAUAAUAAAAGAUUUAUUUUAUGUCAC